GCAAGCAUCUUACCUUCUUAAAUUUAAACCACACACAGGAAAUGGAAUUCUCGGACAGACUUAAAUUUGAAUGUAAAUCUUUUUUCCCUCCAUUUUAGCAGAGAAAUCUAUGAAAUUGCUGGCAUAAUAUGCAAAUUGUGGAGGGGAAAAAAUGAACUUUACUGUACAGCUAGGUACAGUAUUUGGACACUGAGAAAAUAUCCUGGCAAUUUGUUUCUCUUUCAACAUGGCGAGUGCGGUGUGUGAGCAUGACUUUGGUUCGUGGCUCGUUGACACACUCGAAAAGCUAAGUAUUGACCAUGAAGUGUUCGGCACCUACAUCACAGGAAUUCUAGAAGCAGAAGAUAUAUCAGAUGAAGAAAAAUCAGAAGCAUUGAUUGGUGUUAUCGGCGGUGUAACAGAGGAGGAGAUUGUUGAAACUACAUGUAAAGAGAUCAUAUCAAAAUGGCAAAAGAGUGAACAAGCAACUGCAGAGAAUAAUGUUGACGACUCUCCUUUAGAAAGUUCAGAAACUAAGAUGGCUUCAAUAAUGGAGAAGCACGCCACCACAGUCGUAAAGAAAGAAAUAAACACAAACCAAUCAUCAGCAGAAAAGAAGCGCUUGAUUGCCAAAUAUGGUGAAGUAUCGGAGGAUGAGGAUGAGAAUGAAGUGGAUGAUGCAAAUGCUGAUAUCACCACUUUUAAAAAUAGGAAUGCAGAAGACGUAGUAAGACAGCAGAGGGAACAACGAGAGAAAGACAAGAGUCAACAUGAGCAGCGCAAGGAACAGAACCGUUUACAACAAGAGAAACAAAAACAAGCAGCAUUAGACCGGAAGGAGAAAGAAAAGAAACGUACGCAAAAGCAAGAAAAACAUCGGUAGCAUCCGCCCACUCCACUUGUGCUUUUUUAAUUGAGUGUUAAACCGGGCACUGGCUGUGUCGUAUGGCUGUGGUACAACGAAGCCAACUCCGCUUGCCGUGAGCACUAGACGAAGCAGCGUUGUCUACUGAUUGACAGUGGCAGUCUAAAUGGAUCGUCAUUAAAAAUGAUCCGUUGCGCACGUGUCGUUGGGUUGUGUUCUCCAUAGAAUCGCAGCGGCCGACGACCAUUGGACGUAGUAAUUGCCCGGCUUUAUAAUGUUGCUGACAAUUAUUUUCUGGAAUUAUUACAAAGCUGUGACAACAUUUCUGGACAUUAUAUAAUGUGACAAUAUCAUGAGAAGGUAUUUAAUAACAGUCCGGGCAAAAUCUUCUCUGGGUGGGUCAGAGAUUUUUGGAUUUUUGUGGAAUACGGAGCAGGAGGUGGACCUGGGAACACUGUAUAUAUUUAUUGUUAGCAAGUCAGCCCAUCGCACUGACUUGGCAGGCAGAUAUAGUCUGGCAGACCGAUUUUGGCAGCCAAACAUACUUCAACAGACCGAUCUUUACGUAACAUUUGUGAUGAUACGUCAAGACUUCAUUGCUCUUGAUUCCUGUUAACACGUUCACAGCCAUAAGAACUUUUAUGAUUCAAUCCUAUACGCUAAACUGGCUAUGAGUGAUCUAUUACUCAUACAACAUUAUCGUUAUGACUGUAUUUAACAGGGAGAAUACAGUACAGUUGAUUUUUAGAUAUAGAUCCUCUACGAAAUUCUCAGAUGUGUGCUUGCUGAGCUGACUCAGUCACCAAUUUACAUAGUAAUACAAAAGGCUUACGCUGCAUAAGAGUGCAUUUGUAAUGGUGCACACCAUUAUUUUAGCCAGCAAUGAACAUGUUAGCAUGAGGCUUCUGUUCUUAUCUGUUACCCCUGUGAUUUGAUGUGAUGUGGCAUACAUGGCCUUGUUUUAUUGCAUUAACUAUGUAACCAUUUAUUGAAGGUGCUUAUAGAUUUUUAAAAGUGUUGACAUUUCCAUCAACACUUGCAAAAUAGAAUUUAUUUUCAUAUGAACCAUUAGUUAUUCUUGAAGUCAUGUGUUCGAGUGUUAAGCCACCCAUGCCAGUUUUCUUUGGCACUUCAUUUAUGUUGGACCAUGCCCAGGAGCAUGGAUACAGCACCUGGGUAUGCGAUGUAACUUUAAAUGUUUCCUGUGCGCAAUGUUUAAUUCAUGGAGUUCUCGACCUGUCACAUAUAUAUGUAUCAAUUGACCAAGAAUAACAUAAUUCUCCAAUACUUCGAUAGUGAAAGGCAAUAAAGUGUAAGAAUUUACAAAUUAAAGUUUAAGAAUUUACAAAUUAACUAUUAAUAAUGUUAUGAAAAAUUAAUUUCACAAAGCAGUUUCUAAAAUAAGAUUUCAUUGAACGACAAAAAAAACGACUGUCGCUUGUUGAUUAUUAAUUUUAUUAUCAUUAAUCAGGUAUCUUAUUUUAAUGAGACUACUCUAUCAAUUUAUCAAAAUAUGCUAUUAAAAUAUUUAAUGUAAAUGAA